AUGAGUGGACCACCAGCCCCUCCACCCCCACCUCCUUCUAUGAUUCCAGGUAUAAACCCACCCACUUCAAAUAAAAAUGAUAAUUCUGCACCUACUCCUGCUCCCUCAGUAAUGCUCAAUAGAGAUGCCCUCUUGGGUCAAAUAAGACAGGGUAUAACAUUGAAAAAGGCUGAAACAAAUGAUAGGUCAGCACCACAGAUAUCUGGUGGUGGUGUGAUAUCCUCCUCAUCAAAUUCAUCAAGAAGCAAUAAUAACAACAAUAAUAAUACUAAUAAUAGUACAAUGUCUUCUAUGUCGGCUCCCCCUGUCCCUCAAUUAGGUGAUCUCUUAGCUGGUGGGUUUCCUAAAUUGAAACAUGUCAAUCCAUCAUCAUCCAAUUCGACAAUUGGUUCUGCCCCACCAAUUCCUAAUCUCCAGGCUCCUUCCAUUCCAAAGAGAAGACCUUCUAAAGGGAAAGAUACAACACCCAAUAUCCCAACUAAUAGACCAGUUGGUAAAUCACAUCAGAAGAAAAGUUCAAUUUCAUAUGAGGCUCCUCUACUGCCCACAAGUGCUCCUCCUAUACCUGUUGAUGUUACUACUACGACUUCUUCUCAUAUAUCUAUUCCUACUUCUGCUCCCCCUCCUCCUCCACCAACAUUAUCAGCUCCUCCAAUUCCAAAUGCCCCUACAAUUGAUUCUCAUACGCCUUCUAUUAAAAAAGAAUCAGCAUCAAUUUCAUCUCCUAUUUCCCCUCCUCCUCCUCCUCCACAACUGCCUACUUUUGCUGCACCUUCAAUACCAAAUACCUCUACUUUAUCUGAAACACCUUCGGCUCCUCCAAUACCCAUACCCUCUAUUUCAAAUACCUCUUCAAUGCCUUCGGCUCCCCCUCUACCCACAAUAUCUGCACCCAAAGUUUCAUCAAUACCUCCUGCUCCUCCUGCCCCUACUAUGCUAACCUUAUCAGCACCAUCUAUUCCAUCCGCUCCUCCGCCAUCUUCAAUAUUAAAUACAUCUUCUAUAAUUUCUGCGUCAACUUCUUCAUCCCCACCACCACCUCCUCCUCCUCCAACAAUGCCAAAUGUACCGAUAUCAAAAGAAAAAUCUAAAAUUAAGCCUGGAAAAUCUUCAAAGAGUGGUUCUUCAACAAAUACACCUGUAGUUAGUGGUGGUCCAUUACCAUUUUUAGCCGAAAUUCAAAAGAAGAGAGAUGAUAGAUUUGUAGUCAGUCAGGAUUCAAAUUAUUCUACUUAUGUAGAACAAAAACCUGUGACUCAAUCAAAUUCUAUUUCGUCCUCUUCUAAUAGUAAACCAUCUACAGCUGCCAUUGGGGCUACUGAUAGUUCGAUGUCAUUCUUAAGUGAAAUAGAGUCUAAAAUGAAAAGUCAUUCUCAUUCAAAUGUAGAUGCAUCUGAAGAUACACAUUCUUUGCUUACUAAGGUACCACCUUUACCUACUGUGGCACCUCCACUUCCUGCUACAGCCCCACCGAUUCCCUCCUCUACAACAAACACAUUAACUCACAAUAAUAGUUCCACAAACAUUCAUGACUCUACUUUUUCUUUUGCAAAUGAAAUUUCAUCACAAAUCUUAAAUCAUCAGAAACUUCAUCAUGUUACAUUAGAUAAUGAACAAAUUGAAAGUACAAAACUCUCAGUAUCAUCAUCAUCACUACCACCUGUAAGUAGUGCACCUCCCUUACCAACAUCACCUCCACCUGUUCCAAUGGCUCCUGCUCCAUCUGCUCCACCUGCUCCUGCUCCACCUGCUCCUGCUCCACCCGCUCCUGCUCCACCCGCUCCUGCUCCACUCGCUCCUGCAUCACCUGCUAUCUUAAGAACGUCUGCUUCUCCUGUUGCAUCAUCUCCAUCGAGUACACUUGCUUCAGUCACACAAACCUCUUUUGCAUCAAAUACAUUAAAUGAACAAAUACAUAUAUCACAUGUAGUACCACCACCUCCUCCUCCUCCUCCUUCUGCUUCUCAUGCGUCUCCUUCAUUACCAAAAACAAACGCUACAAAUAAUGAUAGUAUAUCUAUCAAUGGUGCUAGCAAUGAUCCUAGUGUAGCGACAUCUUCUACUUCAUCAGUAAAACAUAGAUUAUUUGCUUCGGAAGGAAGUUUCUCAAGUACAAAGAUUGAUGCAUCAGCAUAUACUCUAACUGGAUCUUCUACAACAAGUAAGAUGGCAAGUAACGUUAACAAUGAUACCAAUUCUGGGUCGUCAAAUGGUAGAAGCGGUAGUAAAACGAAGAUUAUGAUCGAUGAUUCUAGAUUUAAUUGGAGCAUAAAUGAAUCACAAAUGCCUGCACCACGAAAGUUUCAAAAUAUUACUAAACUAUAUCCAAGUGGGGGUGGUAGUACCAUACCAUUAGAUUUAUCAUUAUAUGAAUAG